AUGGGUCCCUGUACGGCCUCCCAUUGCUGCUGUCUCCAUCGCCACACUGCUGCCAUGUGCCACUUUCAGGUCUCCUCACACACUGCUGGUGUGUUGAAUUUUUUGACAUAGGGUGCUGGCAGAUUACGGGCCUCCCAUAGCUGCUGCCAGGCCCCUAAUCUGCCAUGGGCCCCUAUAUACCGCCUCCUCAUGCUGCUGCCAAGUCCAGAGUCUGUCAUGGGUCCCUGUACGGCCUCCCCCAUUGCUGCUGUCUCCAUCGCACACACUCUGCCAUGUGCCACUUUCAGGUCUCCUCACACUGCUGGUGUGUUGAAUUUUUUGACAUAGGGUGC